CACAGUGAAAACUGAUAGAGAUUUCUAUUUCAUCUUUUUUUUCUCUUUGUCUCUAUUUGAUUUUGUUAUAAUUUUUUGUUUUGUUUAUCACAAAUGAUUCGAACUGAUAGAUUAGUGUCUUCGAGCGAGCAUAGAAAAAUAGUGUGAUGAUUGUCAUUGGAAUUUGUUUUACAUUCUGUGCGCUGUGGUGAAGCAGAAUUAAGCGCACAAUUGAUUGGCGGCAAAUCAAUAAUUGCAAAGUGAAAUUUUUGAAAGUUAGACAUGUCAUUUGUUUUUGUGUAAAGAAUUUAGCAUGUAUUUAUUUAAUUCGUUAAUUUUCUCACUGAGCAUUUUGGCCGUCGCUCAAUCCGCAAGAGUUGCAAAUCGUAAUAGUUUCGUUCCACGAACGAUACAGUGCACCGCAUUCGAAUGGAAAUGCGACAAUGGACAGUGUAUUGAUUCGUCGGAAGUAUGCGACGGCAUAGCAAAUUGCAGUGACGGGAGCGAUGAAACAACCGACAAUUGUAUUGCCACAACGUGUCCAAGAUAUGCGUUCCGAUGUAACUAUGGAGCUUGUGUUGCUGGUAAUGCUGAAUGCAAUCGAAAGAUUGAAUGCUUAGAUGGAUCCGAUGAAGCAACGGAAAAAUGUCCAACAAAAACUCAGGAACAAUUACAAGGUUCAUGUAAUAGAAAUAGUUUUCAAUGUGAUAAUGGAGAUUGCAUAAAUGUAGAAUAUUUGUGUGACGGGGCUCCAGAAUGUAGCGAUUCGUCUGAUGAAUCAGUUAGAUAUUGUGCGAGCACACAUUGUCCAUCGUAUGCAUUUAGAUGUGGAACCGGUGGAUGCAUUAGUGGCAAGAAAAAGUGCGAUAAUCGCAUCGAUUGUAUCCUGGAUGGUAGUGACGAAAACUGGGCAUUGUGCGGUAAAAGGAAAAAUGAGAGUCUAUCAAUCCGACCUCCGGUUGUUCAGGUGAAUACAUCGCAAAGGCCAGUAAAUACAUUUCAAAUGUCGACCACAUUUGCACCAACGUCAAACAUUGACUCGUGUCGUGCUGAUAAUAUUCCAGUGAAUGGCGACGCAUAUUAUCAAUAUGAUACGACAAAGAAAGUUUUGUAUGGUGAAAUUGUGGAAAAUUUUGUCAGUAUAAAUUAUAAAUGCAUUGAAAAUCAUGAAUUGAUUGGAAACGGAACAAACAUAUGCAUCGGAGGUCGUUGGCAAUCACAAAAACCACAAUGCAAACCGAGAUGUAGUGCGUCUGAAAUUCAAGGUGUUACAAUAUCGGCAAAUUGCUUUUCAAUUGUGAACAACACACAAAAGUCGACGUCAUGUGUUCGACCAGUCGAACCUGGAACCCUUGCAUAUGUGAGUUGUCAACGUGGUUAUGAAAAAAUCGGACCGCAGCAAACAUUGACUUGCCGAGAAGAUGGACGCUGGUCACCAACACCGCAGCGAUGUACACAGAUUUGCGGAGAAAUUAAUGAAGGCACUGCAUAUAUAGUCGGAGGUAGUGUAACAACUAUUUCACGAAUUCCAUGGCAUGCUGGCAUUUACCGGAAGAACAGUUAUGAUGGCAAAUAUUCACAGAUAUGUGGUGGAACAAUUAUCACUUCGAAAGUCAUUAUUUCGGCAAUGCAUUGUUUUUGGGAUGCAAGUGAAGACAGACCAUUUCGAGCGGACGCAUUUCUGGUGGCCGUUGGAAAAACAUUACGAGACUUUUCCGUCCGUGAAGAUCAUAAACCGCAAUUCUUUGUUAUUGAGCACAUUUUUUACAUUGAUGGCUAUAAUGAUCUAGCUGGUUCUUAUGCUAAUGAUAUUGCGUUAUUGGUAGUUGAUAAGCAUAUUGAAUUCCAUUCAUUUAUUGUGCCAAUAUGCUUGCCACAAAAUCUACAAUAUGCCGAUAAGAACGUGGAACCCGGCUGGAGAGGUUUCACUGCUGGUUGGGGACUGGAAGCGUCAAAUGGACAACCGAGCCCAGUUCUAAAAAAAAUUGAAUUGCCAGUUGUUAGCCGAGAGGAAUGUAAAGACAAGUCAUCACCUGAAUUUGCCAACUUUAUUACGAGUGAUAAAUUUUGCGCGGGUCAUUUGACUGGGGUGAGCGUGUGUCAAGGCGAUUCAGGUGGUGGUCUCGUUUUCCCUCAGACUGUGCGCCAAAAGACUACGUACACAUUGCGCGGUAUUGUCAGUACGGGUGGUAAUAAAGCUGGCAGUUGUGACAACGAUAAGUACACCACAUUCACAAAUGUAGCACACUACAUGGAGUUCAUCAACGCUCAUAUUUCAAAGUAUGAACCAAAGUACUAAAUUGUAAUGUUUUUGCUAUUUAUUUUAGUUAUUUUUCAAUACAAAUUUUAUGUUGAAUAAAUUUAUUGUUCUUUUAAAAUUCAUAAGAAUUUUGAAAUAAA